AUGGAUGCGAGCGCGGAGAGCGAGGGCGUCGACGCGCGAAGAAACGCUCUCUCGGCCGACGCCGAGGGCUCGACGCGCGCGGAAGACGGAGGCGGGGAAACGGAGACGACGGUGGUGUCUGCGCGCGAUGCGCUGGCGAAUGCGAUCCGGGACGCGACGUUGAUCGCGCGCGGCGGCGGCGCGGCGACGAACGACGCGAACGGAGACGCGAACGAUGAGAUGGAAGACGCGAACGAGGGGAGAGAGGUUUAUCAGGGAAGGCUCGUGAGCGCGCUGGUCGCGGCGGAGCAUGGAGCGCCGACUGCGGCGCUGUUUGUGAUCGUUUUCGUGUACUUGCACUGCGCGGCGUUGGCGUUCGUGGCGUGGUUGACGUACGCGUCGCGGAGGAUGAACGCGGUAACGCAGGCGUGCGUGAGCGCGAGAGAUGAGAGGAAAUUAAGCGAGGUGGUGACGUACGCGUCGUUGGUAAUCGGACACGUCGUCGUGAUUUGGUGGUUGACGCCGUCGGGACGUCGAGCGAGACAGUUUUUCAGGACGGGCGCGGAGUCACCAAGUUUCAUCACGAGUCUACUCGACGUAUUUGUUCUCGAUUCGAGCGCACGAUUCGUUUUCAUUCUUUCAAAGCUCGUCGUCGUCGCUCUGCCGCUGUCGACGUUGCAGAAGUUGUUACGAGCGCGAGGACGCGCGUCCGGGGCGACGUCGCCAAAAGUCUCGACGGUGAAGAUGCCCCCAGCGCGUCUCUACAGGCGCAGAGCGUCGUUGUUGAGCAUGAUCGAGUACGCGAGUUUGAUGGUUCGAAGUUUGGUCCCGGUCUCCGUGUGGUUGGCGUACUUUCAGCGCGAGUUACCGAAGGUGUUAGCAUCCAUCAUCACGGGCCUCUACCUGUUGACCAAGUCGCGAGGUUUGGUGCGCAGCGGCUCGGAUUUCGUCAAGGCCGUAUCGGCGUGGUUAUCGCUCGGUUCGCGCUCGUCCGCGAACGGCGAGAUGGCCACGAGGGAGGAUCUCAUGGAGGCGGGAGACGUAUGCGCAAUUUGUCAGGAGAAGUGUGUCGACGCCAUCAAGCUUCGAUGCUCUCACAUAUUUUGUGACGACUGCAUCGGCGAGUGGUUCGACAGACAACCCUCGCGAGGGGCUUCGGGUUUGUCGAAAACGUGUCCAACGUGUCGUGCGGUCGUGCAGAGCGGCGUACAGCGAUCGUACGGAAACGGCGCGAGCUCCCUCCUUCCGAUUUUGUUUUGA